AUGAUAUUUGUUGCAGUCAGCAGCAAGGUUCCUCUCCCAAAGGUUCCCGCCAACUUCAUCGGCUCGGAGACCCAGAAAAGAUAUGCCGUUCUGGAUUUCGUCCCAGGUACAGACUUGCCAAAAUUACUGCCAUCGCUCGCCCCAACCGAGAAGACGACGAUCAGCCAGAGGAUCAGACAGGCAAUCAAGGAACUGCGAACAAUCCCGUCACCUGGCUUUUUGGGAACUUGA